UCUCUCUCUGUCUCUCUCUCUCUCUCCUCUGUCUAUCUUCGCUGUUGCUCAACCAAUAGAAAAACCAAAGAAAAAGUUUUUCUUCCAAGUAAAAUAACAAAUCGAGCAUACAAAAAAACCCUAGAAAACGCUUGGAAUUCGUUUCAGGUUUUUACGUUCGAUUCGGCAAGUUUGUGUCUCCGAUUGGACGAGUUGCUCGAUUUGCUGGGUCUGAGCUGUAGAGAGUUGAAGCUCUGUUCUUUGUCGUUGAAGUUUAUUAGAAUUUGUUGAGGAGUGAGUUUGUCUUCAUAGAGGUGGGUUUCUUGUCGACAACGGUAUGUGCAAUUUCUCUACUAAAAUAGAAGUUUUCCUGCCGACUAAAUCUAGUGCUUUAUUCAUCAUUGGUCAUUUUGAAUCCGGUUGAUGAGGGCUGUUCGAGUGAACUCUAAUGGUCCUGCAACCAAAGGGUUGGCGGAACUCAAUCACCAUCUAUGGGAUGAGCAAAAGGAAGCAAGGGAUGGAGUUGUAGGUGAUGGGCAUGGGCUCUCCGAGGAAGAUGAGUCCAGGAUUAAUGAGGAUGCUGAAGAUGCAAACUGUGGACGCAAGGAGUUGGUCCAGCUCCCGGCUGUUCAGCAGAGACUGCAGCAACAGCCUCAAGGGCCUCAAGCAUCAGUGGUUCACUGGGAAAGGUUUCUUCCUCUCAGGUCUCUCAAGGUUCUGCUGGUGGAAAACGACGAUUCAACUCGCCAUGUUGUCAGCGCAUUGCUUCGGAAUUGCAGUUAUGAAGUUACUUCUGUAGCAAAUGGUCUAGAAGCUUGGAAAAUCUUGGAAGAUUUAGCCAAUCACAUUGACCUUGUUCUAACGGAGGUGGUCAUGCCUUUUUUAUCGGGCAUUGGUCUCUUAUGCAAGAUUAUGAACCACAAAACUUGCAAGAAUGUUCCAGUGAUUAUGAUGUCAUCUAACGAUUCUAUGGGUAUAGUCUUUAAGUGCUUAUCAAAAGGUGCAGUUGACUUUUUAGUGAAGCCUAUUCGAAAGAAUGAGCUUAAAAACCUCUGGCAGCAUAUUUGGAGGAAGUGCCACAGUUCUAUUGGUAGUGGAAGUGGAAGUGGAAGUGAAAGUGGGAUACGGACUCAAAAAUAUUCAAAGUCAAAAAGUGCUGAAGGAUCUGACAAUAACACUGGCAGCAGUGACGAGGAUGACAACGCAAGUAUUGGUUUGAAUGCUAGGAAUGGAAGUGACAAUGGCAGUGGCACUCAGAGUUCUUGGACAAAACGGGCGGUAGAAGUUGACAGCCCCCAACCCUUGUUACCCUGGGAUCAAUUAGCAGAUCCUCCAGAUAGCACUUGUGCACAGGUUAUCCAUUCAAGACCUGAAACAUUUAGCAACAACUGGGUGCCCACAAGUGCCACAAGGGAUUACCAUGGAAAGGACGAUGAAUUUGACAAUGUUGCAAUGGGCAAAGACUUGGAGAUAGGAAUCCCGAGAAAUCUGGAUUUACAACUUGAAGACCAAAGCAAAAAAGUAUCAAUCACUCUAGUGGGGGCUAGCAAGGAAACAAUUUGUAACUUGGAGGAUGGUGAGAAAUUAGAAAAAGACAAACUGGAGCUCAACAGUGAGACACCAAACGGUGAAUUGAGGAAAGAUGUCUCUAAUCUUAUUGUUUCCAUCACCAACUGUGCUGAUCCUAAGAUGGAAACUGUGGACAUUGAAGUCCCAAAUGACAUCUCCAAGACGAACAUCAACAACAAGGCCAUCUAUGACACUAAGGAAAUACCUUCCUUUGAGCUCAGUUUGAAGAGGCUGAGAGACGGUGGUGAAAUUGGUACCAGUGCUCAAGAGCGAAAUGUUUUGAGACAUUCAGACCUCUCAGCCUUCUCAAGGUAUAACACCACUUCAACUGCUAAUCAGACUCCAACAGGGAAUGUAGGCAGCUGUUCUCCACUUGAUAAUAGCUCAGAAGCAGCAAAAACAGAACUAAUGCAAAAUCUACAAUCUAAUUCGAAUGGCACUCCUAAUCAGCGUUCCAAUGGAAGUAGCAACAACAAUGAUAUGGGCUCUACUACCAACAAUGCCUUUACCAAGCCAGCAGCUUUCAGUGAUAAGCCAAUCACCAAAUCUGUAGUAAAUAUCCAUCCCUGCUCUGCCUUUCAACCAGUUCAAUCGAAGACACCAGGUAAGGUCGAUGUUGCAAUAGUUAAUACGGUCGUGACACAAGCAAGGGGUACACACCCACAGGUCCAAGUUCAGCACCAUUAUCAUCAUUACCAUCACCAUCACCAUCACGUUCAUAACAUGCAGCAGCAGCAACAGCAGCAGAUGCCCAACAAUGAUGAUUCGUCUUUCAGGACAAUGGUUGCAGCGGGUCCACACUGUGGGACAUCCAAAGUGUUAAGCACUCCAAUUGAAGGCAAUGCUGCUAAUUACAGUUUGAAUGGGAGUGCUUCGGGAAGUAACAAUGGUAGCAAUGGCCAAAAUGGGAGCAGCACUGCUGCAAUUACUGAAGGAAAAAGCAUUGCAUGUGAUAAUGGGGUGACUGAAAAAUAUGGAGCUGAUGGUGGUGGUGGUGGUGGUGGUGAUGGCGGAGGCGGAAGCAGAAGCGGGAGUGGGAGUGGGGUAGAUCAAAACAGGUCCACACAGAGGGAGGCUGCUUUGAACAAAUUCCGCCUGAAGAGGAAAGAGAGGUGCUUUGAGAAAAAGGUCCGGUACCAAAGCAGGAAGAAACUGGCAGAACAGAGACCACGUGUUCGAGGACAAUUUGUGCGACAUGUCAUGUACGAAAACCAAAACAAGGACAAAGAUUGCUAACCCGACCCCUGAUGGUGUGUGUGGAAUGUGUACAUGAAGAUUAGCUUAAUUGUGCAGAUAGGGGGGGUAGCAUUUAUAUUUCACUAUGGGGGAUGUUUGGUUGAAGGUGAGAAUUUUAAUUUCAUAAAACUAUGGGAUUGAAAACCAAAUUCCAUUAUGUGAGUGAGGACACUUGAAAGACACCUUGGACUGUAUUUUAUGUUGUCCGACUUAUAUCCCUGCAACUACUACUACUAAUAAAGCAGUUUGUACAAAUAAUCAAAUCUCCCUUUCUACCUUCUGAUAUGAUGUAUAUCGUAUCAACCGUUGUAAUUUUCUGAAA